AUGUCAGCUAUGCCACCCAUCGACGCCACCGACAUUCCGUCAAAUAUUGAAGUUCCAAAAAUAAAUCGCAACUUACCUACCACGGUGCACGAAGAUGCGGAAAAUACAAAUGCGGAUCUAAGCGUCUCAGCAAAAGAUGAGGGCGAGUGUGAUACCAAAGUCACAACACAGGAUAGUGAGUCCGCGCCUGCUCAUGAAUCGGUAGACAUCCCUGGUGAGCAGGUAGGUAAACUCCUGGAGCAAUAUGUAGAGGAGAUGGGCUCAGACAGCCCACCAAUGGGCAUUCGCUUACCACAUGUGGCCAUGACGAGAAUGGCAGUAGACAAAGAUGGGGAUGGGCACGAGAGUAACCCAUCUGUGCUAGAUAGUACACCGUUUACUACAGGCAGAGCACCGCCAGUGGUAAACAAGGCAGCGUCUGGUGCGCAGACGGUCGGUAGCCCAGAGAAUGUGAGUGCGCUCGGAGCUGUACCUACUGUUGGCUCGCUGAAUUGCGGGACUGGAAUAGCGGGAUAUGAGGAAAUCAUGGCAAUGGAUGUGCAUCCACACAAGGAAGAGGCGACAGCAACUGUAGACGCCGUACCAGACGAGAAUGAAUUGGCUUCGGCGCAUGGACAUACCGAUGAAAGACCAACUGCGGUAUCACCAACGGGUCCUUCGAGUUCUGGUGCAGCCCUCACCAGAGAUAUUGCAGAGAACUUACCCAAGUCGCAAACAUAUAAACAUUCACAGCCACCACUUCCAUGUAGUCAAGCUGAUGCAAUAGAUACACAGGCCAAGUCUGAUGCAUGUGAUAGUAUAGAUAUGCCCGUCGAGUCUGACGCAGAUAGUAAUGCCCAGAGUAACGGUACGAGCGGUAGUGAAAGCGAAGGCGAAGGUGAAAACGAAGCCGAAGACGAAGACGGAGAGAAAGCCGAAAACGAAGCCGAAAACGAAGACGGCGACGAAGGCGACGAAGGCGACGCUGCUGACUGUGCAGUGGUUGCCAUGGAAACGGAGGAAGAUACACCAAACGCCAAUGGGAAUGCGAAAGACACAGGAGGCGUAAGUCUAGCAGAGUCCAUAGCUUUAGCCAAAAUAGAAGCGCAGCGGGCGCGUAGGCGCGAGAAAAACCGCGAGUACCGCGAGAGAAAGCGCAGAAAAGAGCGCGACGCCAUGGCACGGGAGCUCCAGCGGAAGGUUGAGAAGGCGGAAGCUCAUAAACAGCGGCAGCAGAAAUUGGAGGAAGAGAAACUGGCUUCUCAGCGACUGCGAGACGAACGGUUCUGCUUCUGUCGGAAACCGUACAACGAGAACGUGUUUAUGAUCGCCUGUGAUUCGUGCGAUGAGUGGUUCCACUCCAGGUGUAUCAACACGACCGAUAGAGCUCUGCGCAAUGUGGACGCCUUCUACUGCCCACAAUGUCUGGAGAACAAUCGCUACUUGUUCAUAAGAUAUAGCAAAGUUCCGCAAAACUACUCGGACGACGAAGUAGACGUGGACGUUAGUAGCACCGGUAGCAAACCAGACCAUUCGGAUACUGCGCUGGAGGUGAGUGCAGCCGCACAAAUAACCAAAGACACCGCACACGAACCCUCACCCAUGCCCACUGCGGCGGAGGAGAAGCCGUGCCUGUACCACAAGUGCACGCGCUCAGCUGGACCCAGGACCAAGUACUGCAGCCACCAAUGCGCACUUCUCACCAAUGCUCUGCGUAUCCGUGCGAUGAUCCGGUUGGCCAAAGCCGCGCACGCCGCCCAAAGCAACGCACCAACAACUCCACAUACACAAGCACACGCACAGACACACGCACAGAGGAGCACGCACACACCCUCACACUCACCCACAGCUGCACAGGCGCAACCUCACACAAAAUUAAGACCACACACGUACACGCACACGCACACACCGUCACGCGUACAAGCACACCCACAAGCCUCCUCACAUGCGCUGGGCCGUUCGCAUCCGUAUGCACGUGCCAGUGGGUCGGUGAAAGAGAGGAGGGAUGCGGAGCACAAGCAGCGCAUGGCCGAAAUCACUGCCGAGAGAUGUCGCAUUAAGCGGUCUAUUGAGUCCUAUGAACGACUGGAGCAGUUGCUGAGCCAAAUAGUUGACGAGGGCAAGGAAGCGCACACAGACACUGCAGAAGACACAGGCGACGCCGCACCCAACGACCAACCCACAAUAGGUGCCAAGGCGAAUGAAGAAUCGCGACAGGAGACGGCCGUAAACAAAGGAGAAACAGCACCCAGUGCCACGGCGGAGGGGGCUGUGACGGUGCCGCUGGAGGACAGCGUGAUGUGUAGCAUGUGCGGGUCUACCUUGAAGACCACCAUGAUGGCCAGGCAUCUGUUUGCGUGCUUCACGAAGAAUGAAGCGUUACAAGUGCCCCAGGCACUGUAUAAUGCGUUUCCGUACACGCAUAUGAGCGAAAGCUUCUGCCAGAACAACGGGAAGUCGUCCGAGCAAAUCCGCUGCCACCAUCUGCGGAACACCUGUCCUCUGCACAGCAGGUACAGGAUGAAGGUGAAGGUAACGUCAGGGCGCAAAGGGACGAUAGAAUGCGCAUAUCCGCUUGGCAUCGAUGUGGAUAGUCUUCUGCACAAAGUCAACAACAACGAAGCCGUCUCCACGGCUUACGCCCGCUGUACUGAGGUGUGUGCAUGA